AUGGCUAUUAUAGUUCAUGCAAAGAAACUUUUGAAAAAAAAGACUAGUAAUAAUAGUUCAAGUGUUCCAAAGGGGUGUUGUGCAGUUUACGUUGGAGAUGAAGUACAAAAGAAACGUUUCGUGAUUCCGGUUUCGUAUUUGAAUCACCAUGAGUUUAGAGCUUUGUUGAGUAAAGCUGUGGAAGAAUAUGGAUAUAGUCAUCCCAUGGGAGGACUCACCAUUCCUUGCUCAGAACAUAUCUUCCUCACUCUCACUUCUCGUUUGGGUAGUAAUAAAAAUCACCAAAGGAUGAGUACUAAACAAAACCCCAAUGAAGAUUAUCAGUUUUGUUCACAAAAAAUUCAACUACAAUUCUCUCUCAGACAAAUGAGCAAACACCUUGUGAGCACUACAUAG